AAAUUAAUAAUACUUUUAUCUUUUCAGGCUAAUCGAUGAAUGAAUGAUAAACGAAGAUUAUUAACAAUAUAAAACGUCGCUAGAAAAUAAAAACACUUUAAAAUUAAACAAUGUUCGUAAUAACACUGUUGGCUCUCGUUGGCGCCGCGAUUGCGGCACCAAACGCACUCGCUCCGCGUAUUGUUGAAGGACCAGCACCAAACGCACUCGCUCCGCGUAUUGUUGGAGGAUCUAAUGCUAACAUAGAAGAUUACCCUUUUAUGGCAGUCAUAUUAGGAUCUAAUGACGACUACAUUCAAGUUCGUUUUAUACCCUACUGCGGUGGAACUCUAAUCACAACCAGAUCCAUUCUUACGGCAGCCCACUGUUUCUUUAACAACGUUAUAGAUAACAGACAAAUACGAGUGCGACUUGGCUCGCCAUUCUCAUAUUUUGGAGGUGACUUUCAUAGAGUUCAAAAUUGGAUUAAGCAUCCUGGAUACGCGUUUCCUAAAGUAUAUCACGAUAUUGCAAUACUGAAACUCGCCGCCCCCGCCACACUCUCCAGCCGCAUUGGACUUGCCCCUAUCGCUGGACCCAACUACUUGGUCGCAGAUAAUACUACCGUCACCGCUGCCGGAUGGGGCUUACUUGAAUUUGGUGGUGAACCGUCACAUAUCCUUCAACGAGUUGACGUACAAAUAAUCAACCACGACAUCUGCAGAGAAAAUUACGCUGAACUGCAGUCUUUGCUAGGCGAACAUCAAGUUCCUAAUGUAACAUCGGAAAAGAUAUGCGCUGGAAUAUUAGAUGGUGGUGGCAAGGAUGCAUGCAGUGGUGACUCAGGAGGACCUCUGCUUCAUCAAGGAAUCGUUAUAGGAGUCACCUCUUGGGGCCAUGAAUGCGCUCUCGCGAAAUAUCCCGGAGUGUAUGUUAACGUACCAUCUUAUACCAGUUGGAUUGUUGAUAAUGCAAAAAAAUAA